AUGAGCUUCUUUGUAAUUGGAGAGGGAAGCCGAGUACUGAAAAAAGUUACUUUUUUCCUCUCCAGUGACUUUUCCUAUCUUCUGACACUAGUGAGUCUAAAAAUUGAUCUGCUGCAAUGGACAUGUGUAUUUUUUUCCUCCCCUAUAACAGGUCGUGACAAUGCAUGUGAGAAGACUUCCUACAUGUUUCUGCGGAAAGAACUUCCUGUGCGGCUAGCUAACACCAUGAGAGAAGUCAAUUUGUUGCCUGAUAACUUACUUAACAGGCCUUCAGUUGGGCUAGUGCAGAGUUGGUACAUGCAGAGUUUCCUUGAGCUUUUAGAAUAUGAAAAUAAAAGUCCUGAGGAUCCUCAUGUUCUGGAUGACUUUUUAGACGUUUUAAUUAAAGUCAGGAACAGACACAAUGAUGUGGUUCCAACCAUGGCGCAAGGGGUGAUUGAAUACAAGGAAAAAUAUGGCUUUGACCCAUUUGUUAGCAGUAACAUCCAGUAUUUUCUAGAUAGAUUCUACACCAACCGCAUCUCUUUCCGUAUGCUUAUUAACCAACACACGCUUCUUUUUGGAGGAGACAUUAACCCUGCUCAUCCCAAACAUAUUGGAAGUAUUGAUCCUAAUUGUAAUGUGGCAGAGGUGGUUAAAGAUGCUUAUGAAACAGCUAAGAUGUUAUGUGAACAGUACUAUCUGGUGGCACCUGAUCUGGAAGUUGAAGAAUUCAAUGGUAAUUGAGAACUUCAUUUAAUUUAA